GUUAAACGUUUGCCGGCACUGUCGGCGAACGAAUCGCGAUGCGUUUCGGAAAGCCGCGAAGGACGCGCGCUUUUGCCGGGCUUUCGAUGUAGUCCUCCAGCAUCCGUCGCAUCGUUUCUCUUGGUCUCUGUAUUGUCACGCCGCGUGGCUGUUCCCGCGGAUUCUUUCCGCCGUAUUUCUCACAAGUGAUAUCGCUUGACGUUGGUUCCGUUCGAUCGUGUUGCAGCCAAAUAUGCCGAAAGUAAAUACGAUACUUAAUUACUUCACGUCCCCGAAAGCUGUCAAGAAGCCGGAGGCGGCGAAGGAGCAACGAGCGAAGUCGCAGACCCCCAAGAGAGAACAAAAGAAUAAAGGAUUUGUCAAAAAUGGAAAAGAAAAUAAAGAUACCGGGGAUAAGAAGAGAUCGUACAAGGAGGACACUGAAGCGGAAGACGAGCCUGCAAGGCCUAAGAAACGACGCCUAAUUAUUCCCGAUGUUGAGUCUGGCGAAGAUUCCGGAGAUGAAUUCAAGCCGGAUUCCGCGUCUGAAGAGUCUGAGUCAGCUUCCGAAGGAGAGUCGGAGCAUGAACCUUCGACGGAGGAGGAAACGCCAGAGAAAAAGAAAAAGGCCAGCUCCAAAUCCAAGCCAGGGCAAGCAAAUCGUUCUCGUAAUAUAAAAACUAACAAGAAAGAUUUGAAACAACCUGCACAAGUUCAAACUCAAACUGUAAGCAAUGGACUUGCUGCUACGCCUACUUGGCCACAUUUGAAAUUCGAGUUCCUGCAACCAGAGAAGAUAAAGGAUAUACACAGAAGAACACCGAAGGAUCCAGAUUAUGAUCCCAAGACGCUCUACGUACCCGUCGAUUUCUUAAAUAAUCAAACACCCGCGAUGAAGCAAUGGUGGGACUUAAAGAGUAAGCACUUUGACUGUGUAUUUUUCUAUAAAAUCGGCAAAUUCUACGAGUUGUACCACAUGGAUGCAGUUAUCGGUGUCAAUGAGCUCAGUCUCACGUACAUGCGAGGCGAAUUUGCGCAUUCCGGGUUCCCCGAAAUUGGGUACGGUCGUUAUUCGGCGAGUCUAAUAGAGAGAGGAUACAAAGUCGCGCGAGUCGAGCAAACCGAGAAUCCGGAAAUGAUGGCGGCACGUUGCAGCAAAAUGACUAGACCAACGAAGUUCGAUAAAGUCGUGAAGCGCGAAAUUUGUCAAGUCAGUACCAGGGGUACGAGAGUAUAUACUCCGUUAGACGUGGAAGCGUCUACACCAAAUUCCAAUUAUCUGUUAUCCUUGGUUGAAAAGUGCGAUCUCGGUUCAACGACCAGCGCCUUCGGAGUGUGCUUUAUAGAUACAACGAUAGGUGAAUUUUACCUCGGCCAAUUUGUCGAUGAUCGCUGCAACUCUAGACUAUUAACUGUGCUAGCUCAUCAUCCGCCGGUUCAUGUGAUAUAUGAACGUGGGAACUUGUCGCAAAAGACUCUGCAGCUUAUAAACAGCACUCUGCCAGCGGCGCUAAAGGAGCCGCUACAACGCGAGGCUCAGUUCUGGUCUGCUGCAACUGCACUGAAAAAACUUCACGAAGGAAGUUAUUUCAAAAAGGAAGAGGACUCGAGCUUUGCAUGGCCUGAAGGUCUGAGACCCUAUCUAAACGAAGGCGACAGCUUGGGCUUAACGCCGGCGGAUAAUAAAGAGUUAGCGAUACACGCACUAGGAGGUUGUGUGUAUCUGCUGAAGGAGUUCCUACUUGAACAGCAAUUGUUAGCACAAGGCUGCUUCAAUACUUACACUCCGCCAGACUUUUCGGCCGCGAGCAGUCAGACAGGUCUCAACUACGCAAACACUAUGGUGAUAGAUGCUGUUACAAUAAAAAAUCUAAGGCUCUUCGGAGAGGGUUCGCUCAUUAGUGUGUUAGACCGUUGUUGUACUGCAUUCGGUAAAAGAUUGCUGCGCGAAUGGAUCUGCAGGCCAUCUUGCCGCAAAACCGUUAUUAUGGAACGUCAGGAAGCUGUACAGGAAUUAGUGGAUCGGAUGGAUGUGACACAGUCGGCUCGUGCAAUUUUGUCAACUCUGCCGGAUCUUGAAAGACUCUUGAGCAAAAUCCAUGCUCAGGGAAAUGCUGCUAGAAUGAAAAAUCAUCCUGACGGUAGAGCCAUAAUGUUUGAGGGCCCGACGUAUUCGAAAAGGGUGAUUGUAGAUUUCACCACGACACUCGCCAAAUUCGAAGAAGUGCUGAAAUUCAUCGAACUGUUUGAUGAUUUCAAAAGCAACUUGAUAACUCGUCAUACUCGGUACGAACCGGAUGGUGAUUUUCCCCAAUUGAGGGAGACAUUAGAUUACUUUAAGACCGCGUUUGAUCACGAAGAAGCUAAGAAGCUAGGCUGCAUCGUUCCGAAAAAGGGAGUAGACGCCGAAUAUGAUUCGGUUCUAGUCGAGCUCGCGGACAACAAGAAAAGUCUAGACAGAUACUUGGAAAAACAAAGGCAGCACUUUGGUGUGAAAAUAACAUUCCAUGGAUCAGAUAGAAAACGUUAUCAAAUCGAAGUUCCCGAUUCGCAGGUUAAGAAAGUUGGUCCUGGGUACGAAUUACAGUCGCAAAGGAAAGGCUUCAAACGCUAUUAUACCGCCGAAGCAAAGGAGAUUUUGGCGAGACAAAUGAAUGCGGAAGAUCACAAGGACAAGGUACUGAAGGACCUCAAUAGACGAAUAUUUGCGCAGUUCAGCGAAAAGUAUGACAUGUGGCAUACAGCCGUUUAUAAAUUGGCCACCAUGGAUGUGCUCAUUUCCCUCGCGGAUUACGCGCGGAACGGCGAUAUGUGUAUCCCGGAGAUUCACGACGGAUCGGAUGGUGAGAUGUUCAUCAAGAUAAAAGACGGAAAGCAUCCUUGCAUCGCGUCUGACAAUUUUAUACCGAAUGACACCUUAUUGGCAGCCGACGGCGCCGCCUCUUUCAUGAUUUUGACCGGACCGAAUAUGGGAGGCAAAUCGACCCUAAUGCGCCAAGUGGGUCUGAUUACAAUCCUGGCGCAGAUUGGCAGCUACGUUCCAGCCAGCUCGUGCUGCAUAACGCUGGUGGACCGUAUUUUCACUCGACUGGGCGCGAACGACGAUAUUCUGGCCGGUCAGAGCACGUUCUUGGUCGAGCUAAGUGAAACCGCUGCGAUACUACAACAUGCUACGCCUUACUCGCUGGUUCUUUUGGACGAGUUAGGACGUGGCACAUCAACCUAUGACGGUACGGCAAUCGCCGCUGCGGUCGUUGAUGCACUGACCAAGCUAAAAUGUCGCACAUUGUUCUCGACGCAUUACCAUUCUUUGGUCGAGGAUUACAAAACCAAUGAGGAAGUCACGUUAGCUCACAUGGCUUGCAUGGUGGAAACGGAGGAGGAGGAGGAAGUGUCGCAAGAGACCGUAACGUUUUUGUACAAGCUCAGCGAAGGGGCAUGUCCAAAGUCCUAUGGAUUCAAUGCCGCUCGACUAGCAGGCGUACCGUCUAUAAUCACAAAACGAGCGCACGAGAUAGCCAGCAGGAUGGAGCAGGAAACUAAUCACAAGCAUAUCUUCAACGCUCUUUGCAAAGCCAACGGCGACGAAAUGAGAAGUCUUAUUGCUACCAUUUAAUAUAUCAGAUAUAAUUGUAUUACAUCGAGCAGUCGUAAUCAUUUUUGAAGAAAUUGUGGGAAAAAGUGAUCGCUUUGCAGUUGGAUUUGUCACUCGUACAAAAUAUCCUUAAGCAACAAAUCGGUUAUUCGUAGCGUAAUAAAAACGGGCAUUAUACUUACGUUUUCGUCAGACAUGUAUCAAUUGUACUUUAAAUAACUCGUUACAUUUUUAAUUUAUGAAAUAACAGUAUUCGCUUCGUACAAGAAUUUAAUAUGUGUAUCCGUUAUGUGUAUGUUCGUUAUCCAUCGACAUGUAAAAACACGACUGUAAUUAUUUCUGUUCCUGCCAAGUUAAUUGCUUAAUGUUAUUCGUAUGUUACAUAUUAGUAAUACUUCCUUAGUAUCUAAUUUUUGCGUUGCGUUAUGUGUUUCUGCAUUAAUCUAUUUUCAUAAUAAAAGCUAUCACGCAUGUA